ACUGUGCGGCUCCGAAGAGAUCAAGCGGACUGGAAAGAUGUGGAAGGCGCUGGCGCUGCUCUGGGUUUUGGGGAGCACGUGGCUCUGGGAUCCCGCCCAGGGAGCUGCUGUUGUUGGCCUGCUGGAAGAUGAUAUUGUGAACCAAGCUGCGAAAGAUGGCAUAACGACCCCGGGUCUAGAAGACAACAUAGUAACCACACACGUUGUUGAUGGUUCCUGCCAAUUUACUGACAAGACGCCUCUGAUACAGACAAGCACAGAGAACAAAGCAAAGCCACUCACUGAGGACCUGCCAACCCCAGGAAUCCCAGGCCACAGUCAUGAAGAAACCCAGAGCACACCCACCCCCAAAGUGGUAACUAGUCACUCUACGGAUACGAAGACCAGUCACCCCGGUAGAGACGAGGCGGCCGGAGAAGCACAGACGACAGAUGGGAAAGAUGGCUUGGCCAUAGUGACCAUGGUUGGAAUCAUAGUUGGGGUCCUACUGGCCAUUGGCUUCGUUGGAGUGAUCAUUGUUGUGGUUAUGCAGAAAAUUUCAGGAAGGUUCUCGCCCUGAAGAACUGAAGGUUCAGGC